UGUCCUUCCCGUUUGAUGUCUGCCCCCUGUGAUAAUGGGGGAGGAGAAGAGCCGAGUCACACACCGCCAGUAAUGUGACAGCGCGCACCGCACCGCCAUCGUGUGCACAGUCCCCAGCCGCGUCCUUCUCCCUCUCCUCCAUUGUCUGGUGAUGGAAGAUCUGUCAGCAGAUAUUUGUGGCGUGCCUCCUCCUCCUGGCUGUGUGGGAGGGCAGACAUGGUCCUGAUCCUUCGCACUUCUUGCUAGACAUCCACAUGCGGACCGUUAUCCUUCCUGCUCGGGGGUCUCCGUGUGCUGCUGCUCGGUGGUCGGAUGUGUGUGCUCUCCGCUCUACCUGAGCUAUUAUUAUGGUGAAAUUCCCGGCACUCACUCCUUACUGGCCCCUCAUCCGCUUCUUGGUUCCUCUGGGCAUCACCAACAUAGCCAUCGACUUCGGGGAGCAGGCUUUAAAUCGGGGUAUAGCUGCCGUUAAAGAAGAUGCCAUUGAGAUGCUUGCCAGCUAUGGUCUGGCAUAUUCGUUAAUGAAGUUCUUCACUGGUCCUAUGAGUGACUUCAAAAAUGUUGGACUUGUUUUUGUGAAUAGUAAGAGGGACCGAACGAAGGCUGUACUAUGUAUGGUGGUAGCUGGCAUCGUGGCCGCCAUAUUUCACACCCUCAUAGCAUAUAGUGACCUGGGAUAUUAUAUCAUUAACAAGCUUCACCAUGUGGACGAUUCGGUGGGAAAUAAAACACGGAAGGCCUUCCUGUACCUGGCAGCAUUCCCGUUUAUGGACGCCAUGGCCUGGACACAUGCUGGCAUUUUAUUGAAGCACAAGUACAGCUUUCUGGUUGGGUGUGCCUCCAUCUCUGAUGUCAUAGCACAGGUUGUGUUUGUUGCCAUUCUGCUACACAGUCACUUGGAAUGCAGGGAGCCACUUCUCAUCCCGAUCCUCUCCUUAUACAUAGGAGCACUCGUGCGCUGCACCACAUUGUGCUUGGGAUACUAUAAGAACAUACAUGAUAAAAUUCCAGAGAGUAGUGGGCCAGAGCUGGGGGGAGAUGCCACAAUAAAGAAGAUGCUGAGUUUCUGGUGGCCGUUAGCACUAAUAUUAGCUACUCAGCGGAUCAGCAGGCCCAUUGUUAACCUCUUUGUUUCUCGUGAUCUUGGUGGUAGUGCUGCAGCAACGGAGGCAGUGGCAAUCCUGACUGCUACAUACCCAGUUGGACACAUGCCGUAUGGCUGGCUAACAGAGAUCCGGGCUGUCUAUCCUGCUUUUGACAAGAAUAACCCAAGCAAUAAAAUGGUUAGCAAUGGUAAUUCGGUGACGAAAACCCAUAUCAAGAACUUCACUUUUGUCUGCAUGGCUCUUUCACUAACGCUGUGUUUUGUGAUGUUCUGGACUCCAAACGUAUCAGAGAAGAUACUUGUUGACAUAAUUGGAGUCGAUUUUGCAUUUGCGGAGCUUUGCGUGAUUCCUUUGAGGAUAUUUUCCUUCUUCCCUGUACCAGUGACUGUGCGGGCCCACUUAACUGGAUGGCUGAUGACACUCAAGAAGACAUUUGUGCUGGCACCAAGCUCUGUAUUAAGAAUAAUUGUCCUCAUCUCUAGUCUUAUUAUCUUGCCUUAUCUCGGGGUUCAUGGAGCCACAUUAGGAGUGGGAUCCCUUCUUGCUGGUUUUGUUGGAGAAUCCACAAUGGUGGCUAUUGCAUCCUGCUAUGUGUAUCGAAAACAGAAAAAGAAUGAGACCGAGACGGAAGGAGAAGACUCAGCAAUGACCGACAUGCCUCAGAGUGAGGAGUUAACAGACAUUGUGGAGAUGAAGGAAGAUGGAGAAUGAGCAGGGUCUUGGCUUCAGUAGUAAAGGCCACCGCUUCCGUGUCUCUGGUCUUGAAAAAGUUUUUUCUUCUUUGUAUUUGAAAUCUGGUUUCAGAAAGCUCCAGCGUUUAGCAUACUGGGUAUGCUUCCUAUAAACAGGGGCUGUCCUAGGCUCACCGCUUUCAGAUACCAUGCAUUUAUCUUUCCAUGGACAAGCAAUCAGGCAUCAUCCUACUGGAUAGACUUUGAGCUUCAUUGGACAAUUCCUAUUUGUCAACCAAAGCAUUAGUCUCUGUCUCUGCUGGUAAAGCUGCCGUCCCAUUCCCUAUGUUCUGUUAACCCACUGAUCUUUACUUAUACAGGAAUACCGAAAUUCACUUCUUUCUUUUUAUUUUGGUUACAUUUUGCGAUCCACUUUUCAGCUCAAAAAGGGAUUUAUUUCUAGAGACCAGUUAUGAAAGCACACAACCCAGCGUGAGUCGCUGCACAAAACCGAAAGAGUGCUUUUAUACCACACAUCAGUCACUAAUGUGUCCACAAUAUCUUAGUACUGGAAUCUAAUGGGUACAGUCAGCUUUUAAGAAUGUUUGACUCAAAGAGCAUCUGUCCCCUCUCCUGACAUGUCUGUAUGAGCAAAUAAUUGGUUUCUCUAUAAAAUAACAAUUCUGGAACAUCUUUUCUUAGAACUGUGAGGUUCCUCCAUUAUUUCUCCUUGAAAUUCAUGAAUACUUUGACAUCUGGAUGUUACCAUAUUAGACACUUUCAAAACUUUUUACAACUCUUAUGACUAGGGAUAUGGCUUAGUUGGAAAGGGUCAUGAUCUGUUACAAAAAUGGCAUUGCUUAUAAAAUGGGUCAAAAUGUUGUCUCACGAUUCUGGUGUAAAGUAAGCCAACUAACAGGUGGUGUAAAGUUAGACUAGCCAGUCUAAAGGUGCACUAGAUAUCCCAUCCUGCAUCUGACACUGAUAAAUCUGACGCAUUUUUAGAUUGUUUGGUCUUAGUUUGCACUAAGUGUUAAAAAGUUUUAGUAAAUCUGCCUGUUACUUUUUGAAGGGAUAAUAUUGAAGCAUUUAGAGACAGCAAUUGCAUUCCAUUAAAGUUAAAAUUACUGAUUAGCAUCUGAUCAUUGGGGGCCCAACACCCGGGACCCCCACCGAUCAGCUGUUUGAAAAACAAAGUGGCACUUGCAGUAGUCUUCUCUCAACUUUUCCUAGGCCAAGUGACAACACAUUCAUGUGUUCAUGUGUCACGUGGCCUAGGUGCAGCUCAACCCCAUUGAAGUGAAUGGGGCUUAGCGCAAUACUGAGCAAAGCCCCUAUACUAUACAGGAGCACCACUGCUUUCUCAAAACAGCUGAUUGGCGGGAGUCCCCACCAAUCAGAUACUGAUGACCUAUCCAGAGGAUAGAUCAUCAGUAAAAAACUUUUUUAAAACAGUUUUAAAAUGAUCAUGUAAUCCAUGGGCAUAUGAGCUGAACAUCAUGUGACCAAGGUGACAUGUUGAAGGGUAUGAUUCACAGAAAAAGAUACAAAACAUCCUGCACCGUGUAAUAAAUUAAUAUACGGAUGUGCAUGGCUUCAUUUAUAAAAUAAAAAUCACAGGAAAUAAAGCCCUAACACAAUAGAUGCGAACAUUUUUUAUGGACUAAGCCCUUAUUCUGAUAUAAUAAAAUCUGAGACUCUCAACCAAUAUACUUUGAUCAAAACACAUCUGUGUCCGCCUACCUGCGCCAAGGUGAUGUCAGUCAGGCAGGUCCUACUGUAAACUUACCUAUGCCAUUGGGCAUCUACAUUCAGGAGGGCAGACCCUGCUGCUCCUAGUUACCUUUGUGUGUAUCAAGCAACCAAUGAGAGGAAGAGCAAGCACAGCUAUAUGUACCACCUAAUCAAGGCGGUCUGUUUGAUAGAAGGGGCAAAAGUGCACAGGAAUGCUACUCCCAAGAUAAAAUAGGAGCACAUUCACACUUGAAUUGUAUACUACAGACUAAACAAAAAUCACAGGAUAAAAAAACAAAAAACAUCCUGCACGAUGUAAUAAAUGAAUAUGCAGAUUUUUUUAUAAAAGAAAAAAUAAUGCAGUAACACAAUAGAUACAAAUAUAUAUGGACUGAGCGCUUACUCUGAUAUAAUAAAAUCUGAGACUCUCAGCCAAUAUAUUCUGGAGUGGAGCAUGGUGUUAAUGCAGAGCUGCACGCCACUAGCACAAGGUACACUGCUAAUAAUAAAAUUUCUUUUCUGAGCUACAGGCCAGUGGGCCAUACACACAGUAUACACAGACAUGGUUACAGAAUAUGUAUAACGGGUCAGGCUGUCUUUAUGUUUAGGCGAUUGGAUUGAUGAAUUUUCUGAUUCAAUAAUUUUUUAUUGUUUUUCUUUGACAAUAAAAACAUAGAAAAUACAAAAUAUACACUUUCAUUGUAGUACAAGAGAAAGGAUAGGUCAAUUACAUCAAACUUUCAGCAAAUCUCGCUACUAAUCCCAUUAGUUCGGUUAUUACAUUUGCCCUACAGACAGGAUUGAUUAAUUUUCUCCUGGUGAAGAUAUGUCUGUGAAGGUUUUCAUUUGUCCAGGUCAUGCUAUAUAUGUAAAGAAUAAAUCAAGGCAACUGGACGUACUGUAGAUUUCUGGUAAUUAUACCCAGCAAGUACGUGUUUCGGAUAAGGAGGCCGAUUGGUACAAACGAGGUGUGAAGGAGGCCAUCUA